AUGUCUGAGAGCCUGUUGGAUGAAGAUGGCAAUGUGCCGAAUUCAAUGAGCUCACUCUCACAGGAGCUAUCCAUCGUUGGUGGAUCUACUUCUGCGGCAGGCGAAAAGACCUUCAUCACUGGCUUCUCGGAACGUCUACCUUCCAUAACGUUCAAUGGACUGAAAGAACUGACUCACAUAACCACAUUGGGUACACCGCAACGGCUGGAAGUGGACAGUACCCAGUUCACCUCACCGAACCCUGCGCCUGCAAGCCACCAUGCACAGUCGCAGGUAGUUACAAACCAGGCAGCCCCCGGUUGGAUGAUAUCUUCGAACCAUCCGUCCACCGUAGUUGGCUCAGUGUCGCCGUCUGGUAGGGUGACUGUAUCAGACAUUCCCUCGCAGGAUGCUGGGAACAAGGCAGGUGGUGAUGCCUUACCUAGCCUUACAGAUGCAUCUACGUCAGACAGAACUUGGAUACUGUUGAAAAAUAUAACAAAGGAUAUGAGACCCUAG